AUGGCAGACUUUGAUAUGGAAUCAGCCACCUCGUUUGCAGACCGUGCAUUCAAAGAGCUCUGCAUUUUAAAGGGGAACCGCAAGGCUCUGGGAUUUGGCAAACAGAAAUUGAACCUUCACCAACGUGGUCAGGAGUUUGAGCCCAAAGCCAAGCAUCCGACCUGUGGCUCUGCGGACCUGUGCCUCAUCACCACCACCCCGCUGACUACAGUCGCUGCUCACUUGAAGGAUUGUGGAGUGAAGAUAGAGGAGGGACCAGUGGAGAGGAGUGGAGCCAUGGGUGCCAUCAUAUCUCUGUACUUCAGAGAUCCAGACCACAACCUUAUUGAAGUGUCAAAUUAUAACCAGUCCACACCAGCCGGGUCUUGUUGA